AUGGGAACUUCACAUUGCCGUCGUCUUCAUGGCUUUAUUUUGCUUUUUGUUAUGUUUCUUUCCUCUGUGGUUAGUCUAGCUUCAAAGAUGGAUCACGUUACUUUCCAUGGUGACCGCCGGAAACGUAGUCUUUCUGGCUCCAGUGAUUCCUCUCUUAGUGAGUCUGGUGGAUAUAAAUUGUGCGUGACUCAUAGAGAGGCUAAGGAUGGUAAACCAAUGCCAUUGGAUUUUGAUUGUGAGAAAGGAGAUGUUAUCUCAAACAUCACUUUCGCCGACUAUGGUCAAGCCACUGGUACCUGUGGUAAAUUUAAACGCGGUAGUUGCGGAGCUAAGAAUACCUUGAAUAUCGUCAGAAAGAAAUGUCUUAGGAAAGAGAAGUGUAAGUUGUUUGUUCCGGACAAGAUUUUUGGUCCGAGCCACUGCAAGGGACCUGUUAGACUCGUUAUUGACGCUACUUGUCGGAAAGCUUAGUUUUUUUUUGGUUUUGUUUCCUACGUAGUAACGUACUUUACACGUUUUGUUUCAGAUUCCAAAGGUUGAACUCCUUUCCGAGUUCAACUUUUUCUUUUCUGCUUCGGUUAAUUUGAGUUUGAUUAGCCCAAGUCCUUUGUAACUUUUUUUUUCCUUCUUUGAUAAAAAUUCUUUUGUAACUGAUUAUAAAGAGUUUCUGAUAAUUAAUAAAGCGUGAGUAGGCAGUAGUUAGUUGUUUUCAAAUUCUA